AUGACUUCGUCGUACGAUUUCAUCAUUGUCGGCGCCGGAACGUCAGGACCUCUUCUAGCCGAGCGACUCGCUCACACCCAUUCUUCACCUAAGGUUCUCCUCCUUGAAGCCGGCAGCGCUCCCAGCGGCCUUUACCUAAAUGCCCCAUACCAUCGUUACCAUAUCCCAGUGGCACGCCCCGAUCUCACCUAUCCGUAUGUAUCCGAGCCCGAAGAAAAGCUGGGUGGAAGGCAGAUUGCAUACACGCGAGGAAAGGGCCUUGGUGGCAGCAGUAUAGCGAAUUUUGGAGUCUACUUGUGGGGCAGCAAGGGCGACUAUGAGCGAUGGGGCGAGCUUGUUGGUAGCGAAGAAGACGACGAAGACGACCGAGCAUCCUGGAAAUGGGAGAAUGUAAAGAAGUGUUUUGAGAAGAUUGAAAACUACAAUUUCUCAGCUUCAAAGACAUAUAGUCACCUUGCGGAUCCUUCGACCGGUAUUCAUGGCACGCAUGGCCUGUUGCGAGUGGAGUUGCCGCCUGUUUUGGAAAUGGGCGUUCAGCCACAGAUGGAGGCGCUCAUGAAGGCGGGCGAAAAAAUCAAUCUGGAUCCGAACUCUGGAGAUCCCGUGGGAUUCAGUCUUUUCCCGUCUAGCUAUGACAAACAAGGGAGGUGCACGAGUGCAACUGCACAUUUGACUGGAGCGCCUCAGAAUCUGGACAUUUGGACGGACGCAAGGGUUACUGAGUUGGUAUGGGAAGGCAAUAGGAUCGUCGGGGUUGUGACCGAGGAUGGGCGGAAAGCAACCACUAAGUACGAAGUCGUCAUUUGCGCCGGCGCAAUCGACAGCCCCAAAAUCCUCCUCAUGAACGGUAUUGGGCCCAAGUCUGAACUCGAAGCACUCGGAAUCGACGUCAAGGUCGACUUACCUGGCGUGGGCAAGAACCUCCACGAUCACGUCUUGACCUUUUUGAGCGUCGAAGUGGAUGGUCGCGUCAACAACAAGUACGCGUUUGAAAGUAAUGCAGAGAUUAUGGCAGAAGCAGAAAAGGCCUGGUACAAAGACCAAUCUGGUGCCUUGAUGCUGCACAACUCUUCCUUGUGGGGCGGGUUUCUCAAGCUUCCAGGACUGGAAUCAUUUGAGGAAUACAAAGCUCUACCCAAGGACAUUCGACAAUAUCUCUCAAAGGAUGAAGUGCCUGCGUAUGAGAUGAUUGGAAACUCGCUCCUUUGGCCGCCAGGAACCCAGAUCGCAGAGGGCAACACGUACGCGACGUUUAUCGCUUUUCUCAUGAACCCGCAGUCUAGAGGCAGUGUGACUUUGCGGUCCAAGAACCCAGCCGAUGACCCUGUCAUUAAGCUAAACUACCUCACCCACCCAUACGACGUGCGCGUCUUCCGAGAGGCGGUGCGCAACACGUGGACGAAAAUAACCACCUCGACUGCUAUUGCGCCGUACAUUGUGCGCAAUAUUCACGGCCCAGAAUCGCUCUCUGACGAGAAUAUCGAUGCAUUGGCCAAAGACAAUGCAAGUACCGUGUGGCAUGCGGCUGGCACGUGCAAGAUGGGACGAAAGGACGACAAAGAGGCGGUGGUGGAUAAGACUUUUAGGGUGCGGGGUGUCAAAGGCCUGAGAGUAGUCGACAUGAGUGUCGCGCCAGUUUCGACAAACAAUCAUACGCAGGCUACUGCUUAUCUGAUAGGGCAGAUGGCGAGCGAGAGGCUGAUUAAAGAGUACAAGUUGGACGGGCCGGCUUAGGAUACUGGUGCGAGAUAAGAAAUGCGUAGGCGCCCAUUACAC